AUGAUCCACGAAGCCUCUCGGCGUGUGUUCUGUGACGUGUCUUUUUCGUCCGCGAACUCAAUUUGUGCCAUAUGGCCGCGGUCGGCUGAGUUCGAGACCGCCGGCUAUUCAAGCGGGCGGUUAUGUAUUAAAUUAGCCACCAUCUGCCGUCGUAACAGCAUGGCGACUGUUAACUUGGACCGUCGGAAACGAAUGACGAAAAAUUUCGUUGAAACGCGACGACCACGCGCUCCAGGACAGGGCAAAGAGUUUCGACAGCGACGACACCUGCUCGUCGACGACCUCGUGUCCCUCCCCGACCGAGCCGUACGUGCUGUGAUCCACGUGUCUUUGAGGACGAACGAGCAGGCGGUAAUGUGA